GUUUGUUUUCCCUGUUUUUCUGCUCCAUCGAGCCCCGCAGGAAACUGUGGAGGCGUGCAGGCCUGAUAGGUCAUUACUGACAGCAGCUCCUCGGAGAGCUGUAAUGUUACGGUGGUAGUGACAUGUGCGUGAUGGCUGCGAGGGCAGUGCUUCAAAUGUUAGUCGUGGUUGGGCAGGAUCACGAUGCAUGUAUUCUGGAAAACAACCCUGAGACUAGUGGAGGAAAUAUUAUUUACUUAAAUAAAUCGACCAACACUGGAGAACAUAUUUAAGUCCUGCCGUGAAAAGGCUUCCUGUAAGUGGUCGUCUCUCGUCAGAUUUCUCUAGGAAUCAGAAGAUUGGAAGACGAGGAAACACUAGUUUCCUUCCCCAGUAGCUGGGGAAGUUCAGGCUAUGCCGGCACUCAAAGAACAAGAAACACCCGACCGUUAGCAGAACAGAACGCGGAGCACUUUGUAUCAGGAUGUAGUUCUUUCUGACUCCCUUCAUGUAACAUCGCUGCUGGCUGUUGUGACUGCCUGCGUCUAACUGAGGGAUCAAUGGAGCAGGCUGAUAAGGAUCUGAACCUCUCCUUUCUGCUGGAACAUGAAAGAGACAUGAUCCUGAAGGUGCUGCAGAAAGACGAGAAACUGAGGAAACGAGAGGAGAAGAGGAUACGGAAGCUGAAGAAUGAGCUGCUGGAGAUCAGACGGAAGGGAACCCGUCGGCCCCAGGAUCUGGGGGAGCGACAGUGCGCUCGCUGCCUGAAGACGCUGGGCCUGAUUUUCGACCGCGGGGAGCUCUGCGAGGAGUGUCAGCUGCGGGUCUGCAACAACUGUCGGGUUACGAUCCACCAGGAACGCCAGUGGAGGUGCAACGUGUGUGCCAAGAUCACGGAGCUGAAGGUGGUGACAGGCGAGUGGUUCCUGGAGGAACGGUCCAAGCGCUUUGAGCAGGUAGCGCCGGGCACCGACGUGAUCAAACAGACGAUCCUGAGCAGCCCCAUCAUUAAAGAUGAAAAGCCUCCAGAGAACAUACCGGCCCCUUCGGAGUCCGAGCGAUCCACCACGCCAAGAUCCAAGAGGAGUGCGAUACGCAGCGCUAUGGACGGUGUCAGGAGAAAAGAAAGGAUGAAUAAAAAAGGCAACCGACUCACCUUGAAGCCACACAACGGAGUUGACAGUGCCAGCGUCAGAUCUGGUUCGGACGGAGACGUUCAGAGUGAGCGAAGUGCUCGUUCUGCUCCGAGUCCACGUUCAAACAGGGGCGGGGUUGUUGCCGUGGAGUCCUCAGGGAUGCCCACAGUCCUUAACAACAUGCGAUCCCAAACUCCGGACACCUUGUCCACUGCCAGCGACAACCGGAGGGUCAGGCCUGACGGAGCGGAGAGCGUUGCCAGUUUACAGUCCAGCGACAGUGCGCCCGAGAAGAGAGGUGUCGGCCAUCACAGGACAAACUCUGGCACCCCGACUAUUUCUGUGUCCAAGGCCUCAGUCUCCUCAGAUCACAGUCGCUCAGAGAUGGACCUAUCAGUUCCCGGUUCUGAACCCACCAGUGACGAGGCCCUCAGCCUCAGAAGCCGCUCGGUCCCCGGCCUCAACGAAAAAGUAAACAGCGAGUUUUCUGAUGAGGAUGCGGAGGAAGACAUCGAUGUCCUGAUGUCGGCCCACAGCCAGACGGCCCGGCGACGCCUCAGCAACGCAGUGUCAACGAGUAGUAUAAACAGCAUGAUGAGCAUGUACAGCGAGACUGGUGACUAUGGCAACGCCAGGGUGAGCGGCGAGAUCCUGUUGAACAUCAGCUACAGCUACAAGACCGGGGCGCUCAACAUCCUGGUCAAAGAGUGUCACAAUCUGGCCACGGGAGACGAGAGGAAGCAGCGCACUGACGCAUAUGUGAAGACUUACCUGCUGCCGGACAUGUCACGACAGAGCAAGAGGAAGACGAGCAUCAAGGCCAACAACAUUAACCCUGUUUUCAAUGAGAAUCUGAGGUACGUGAUCAGCCACUCGCAGCUGGAGACUCGAACCCUGCAGGCGUCCGUGUGGCACCACGACCGCUUCGGACACAACAGCUUCCUGGGAGAAGUGGAGCUGUCGUUGGACACCUGCGAGUUCGAUUCCCAGAUUGAGGAGUGGUACUCUCUGCAGCCAAAGAUGGAGAGCGGUGUAGACUCUACCAUGCAGUAUAAAGGAGAACUGACAGUCGUGUUGAAGUAUAUACCUGCAGAGAAAAACCUCACGCUGCCUCUGGACCAAGUGCAAGUGAAGAAAGGGUUCCUGAAAGGCAAGAAGAAGAGCAGCUUCACCCUCCCUCAAGGGGGCAUGGUUGAGCUGCUCGUCAAAGGAGCUAAAAAUCUGACGGCUGUGAAGUCUGGAGGAACGUCUGAUCCGUUUGUAAAAGGGUACCUGCUUCCAGACAGCAACAAGUCGACCAAGCACAAGACGGCGGUGGAGCGACGCACAGUGCACCCGCAGUGGAACCACACCUUCACCUACUGCGGCCUGCAGCCAGGGGACCUGGACAACGUCUGCCUGGAGCUCACCGUGUGGGACAAAGAGGCUCUGGCCAGCAACGUCUUCCUGGGAGGAGUCAGGCUGGGAGCCGGCACAGGGAAAAGCUAUGGGAGCGAGGUAGACUGGAUGGACUCCUACGGGGAGGAACAGCGGGUGUGGCAACGCAUGACUGACAACCCAGAGGUCCCUCAGGAGUGCACACUGAUGCUGCGAUCCAGCAUGCGCAAACGUGAGACAUGAGCCGGACCAAAGCCCAGAGGAUGAAGGAUAAAGAAGGAGGGAGAGGAGGAAGAGAAAAAGAAGAAGGUUUGAGUGGUGGAGACUGGUCCCGACUUGUUCUCCACCCUGAGAUGUUCAGAUCCAGAACAGCCAGUCAUGCCUUACACACUCAUCUACAUGUGUCCCUCAGCAUCUAGUCUUGACCAAACACUGCUGUUCACCGCUGAAUAUAAAAUAAGAAAACCUGUAUGUAACUUACUAUAGCUACAGAAUAAGCACACGGUGUGGCUCCUGAUGCGUCCGUCCUCGUCUCUGUGAUACAUUUACUAGAGUCAUUUCCUCGUGUAGUAACGGCUGAGGUAGACCACAGUCGACAAUGCACCAACCAUUAAUGUAGAAACGUAGACGUUCCCUUUACAACGAAGCUCCAUCCUGGUCUGAAGCACACAAUGGUGCCUCAUUAACAGCUGUGUUCAGGGGUGGAAAGUGACUGGUGUUAGUGCGACUGUGCCAUCCUACUCCAAUUAAUUAUAACUGAGGCAGAGUGAUGAUGGACUGAGAACACUUGAAGACUCCUCAGAGUACGUACACACUGUGUGGUCACGGCCAUGCUUCUGUUUCAGAUGUAUGAGGGAUCCAAAUAGAGAAACCCUCGAUAAGCCUUUGGUUUUGCAGAGGGUAGCCCUGUAGCCUGGUUCCUGGUUUGAGUCCCUGUUGUGUGGGGUUUUCUCCCAGAGUCCAUGUUAAUUGUUGAUUGAAGACUCUAAAGCUUAUGUUGGCCUUGCGAUACACUGACGACCUGUCCAGGGUGUGUACCCCCCCCCCACGACCCUCACAGGAUAAGUGUUACAGAUUCUAUUCAAUUUAAGGUAAUGGAUGGAAGUAGAAAUACUUCACUCAAAUACAUUUAAGUUUACUCAAACUACACCAACGAGUCAAAUAUGCCUCUGAAUAAUGGUCGAAAUAUUCAUCUUUUUUAAUCAUAAUUUUGAAUUCUUAAUAUUAUAAAUUGUUGACAUUUGUGUUCAGUUUUCUCAUAUUUCACUUGUGAAUUCUUGAAUUAAAUAUUUCAAAAAAUAAUUGCAAGGUCAUAAUAACCUUAGACCUUUGACCAACAAAUCAUUAUCCGUUCAACUGUACAAAUGCUCACAUGUUAAAUGCGUCGCUUUGAUGGAUUCAGAUGAAAUUCUGGUCAAACAUUUAUCGUCCCCAGAGGAUGAAUCUGUGUGAGAUGAUCAUCCAGGCAAUUUCUCAACAUUUACACACAUUGAUUCUCAUAUAGUUUGAUUUCCAAGAACAUUGGUGGCACUCAGUCCAAUUGAGGGUUAAUCAUCACUGUUUUGGUGAUUUAUGAAUGUCUCCGCAGCGCCACCAUCAGGUCAAAUCUUGCCAAAUUCUAAAUCCUUUUUCCGCCUAAAGCUAAACUUCAUGAUACUGAACAUUAUACCGUGAUUGUGACCAAGUCAAGUAACAGGAGUACUCCCGCUCAGCUCGUUUCCACCCCUGACUGUCUGGUAAAACAUAAUCUGUGGCACAAAGUCUGGAUGGAUCCAUGAUUUAGACUAGAUUCAAUGUAAAUGAACAUGACACUGUAUCAGUGUGAUAAUAGAUAUGCAUGGUACUGUAUUAGACAAGAACAAAAGGAGGUUAUUAAAAGCACUGAUAAUGACAUCACUUUACACUCAGAAGAGGACGUGUGAUCUGCGGUGCGUUCCCAGGAACCCUGGGGCCGCCGCUGUGUGAUAGAGUGAGUCAGCACUGAGCAACGUUGCGGUCAUCUCAGGGGGAGCCCGACAACGUGGCAGUGGCGGUCACCUCGUCCCUGACACCCACGGCUUCGCGGCUCCGCGGCCCAACAUCCUGGGACGAAUCACGCAGUUCACAAAAAGAUGAAUUAAAAAGGUUCCUCCAGUGUAAAACCCUGCUCAUCCAUGUUUCAUAUUGGUUUGCCAGUUUCCGAACGCCCGUCCUUGGCAAAACCGAACUCCCAGAGCAAAAUAGUUUCACACUCCACACUUAAAGUAAUAACUCAUGGUGUUCACUGUACAAUGUAUUUUAGAUGAGAGGCUCGUGCAAUACCUGAUUAACUGAAGAAGCUCUUGAUGUACAUCAUGUGGUGUCUCUGUUCCAAACAUCAGAUUCACUCCAUUCAAGCCUUUUUGUCCAAAAUAUGUUACGGGAAUAUUUUCAAAUAAACACAUCUUUCCAUAGA